CAGACGCCGCAACUUCCCCCAAAUCACCACCAACCAACAAACCAAGCUCGAAUCGAAUCCGCACGCGCGUCCGAAUCGAGGAAAUGAGCCGCCCGGACAACGGGCAUAGGUCCUUCUUCCCCGUGGGAAACCCCUUCCGGGUCAUCCUUCCGGGGGGACCCCACCUGCCUCGGAAGCUCCAAGCGCUGCUCACGUCGUAUGAGGAUGCCCUGGCCUCGACCUUGAGGAAGCUCAAGCCGGAGAAUGCCGCGGAGGUCCUCACCCUGUCCUGGAUGAUGCUUGCGGUGGACUGCUUGUCGGAGCUGCACGCGAGCAUAGUCACCCUGAUAACCGAGCUCGAGCUGCCUGUCUCGGAUUGGGACGAGAAGUGGGUGGACAUCUACUUGAACAGCAGUGUGAAGCUGCUGGACGUCUGCAUCGCGCUUAGCUCGGAGCUCGCUCGGCUGGAUCAAGGGCAGCUGCUCGUGCGGUAUGUCCUGCAUUUGUUGGACACUGGAGCUGGUUUGCCGUCACUGGAACAGCUCAAGCGAGCUGAGGUGUCGCUUAAGGAGUGGAUGGACAAAGUGGGCACCGCAGGCCCUAGGCUUGACAGCUGCUCGACGGCCUUGCAGGAACUUGCUGGGAGCCUUUGUCUGAUGAAGGUCAAGAAUUCUGCCAAGGGGAAGGUCCUCAUGAGAGCUUUGUAUGGAAUUGAGGCUGUGACCGUCUUUAUCUGCAGUGUGUUUGUGGCUGCACUGUCAGGUAGCCCCAAGCCACUGGUGGAGUUGCGUGUUCCUCGCAAAUUUGGUUGGUCACAAGCCUUCGGUGAUCUUCAUGUUACCAUUAGUAGGGAGCUCGGAAGGAAAUUAUCCAGAGAAAGUGUCGCAGCUGUAAAGGAGCUGGAAGAAGUUGAAGCAUGUGCCAGGAAACUUCAUGAAUUGACUAGGACUGCUCAGCUUAAAGAAAAGAAUGACAGCCUGGCUUGUGCUGUUAUCCAUUCAGUGGAGGUUGUGAUGUCUGAUAGCACUUCAAAGGAUGGAGGCCUUGAGGAUAAUCUUAAGCUGGCUGAUAGCACUUGCCGGGACUGUGAACUGAUAAUGCUAGAGAUUACUACAGAUGAAGGAACAAGAGAAGCUGAAAUGACACUGAAGCAGGAUACCAGGACCAUGGGGCACGGCGGCAAUGAAUUUAUCAUGCUUGAGAGUAUCAGCCAACACAACAACAUAAAUAAGACAAAUGGCAUCAGCGAUGAGAACAGCACCGUGGUUCCUGAGAGAACCAGUGCCCCAGAAGGUAGCCAACAGUCCAUGGUUCCUGAGAAAACUAGUGCCCCACAAGGUAGCCAACAGCCCAUGGUUCCUGAGAAAACUAGUGCCCCAGACAGCAUAGAUCAGCUACUGGAUUGCAUCUCCAGCAUGUCAAGAUGUGCUGAGGGGCUCCGGCUUGGGCUGGACUCCCUGUCUAAGCGAGUCGGGGACUUCUUCCAGAUCGUGCUUACAGGACGUGAUGCAUUGCUCUGCAAUCUUAGGAUGUCAGACGCAGCUAGCAAGGUCGCUGAGGUCAGGUCUUAGUACACAAUGUUUCUGCCCUGUAUGUUACAUGUUGGUACAUUGUGUAUAUAUACAGCUGGGAAGCGCAUGCUUGUGUACACGCUUCUGACCUGGGGCCCUACCGAAAUUAAGCUCGGGGCCACGAUUCACCAGCGCUGUGCAUAUCUUGUGCUGCCAGUUGUGUUGUGCAAAUCUCACGAGGCGCUGGGGUUGUAUGUAUCGUAGGUUCCCUUUGUUUUCCUUGCUUUCAGCUGGUAAGUAAAGGUAGACGCAUGUUGGCUUGUGCCAGAAGAACAUAUUUGUAUUAUAUGUAUGAUGUAGGUUUGCUGCUAGUAUAAGUGAUGAGGGAGCAUCGUAGAAGGCAAUGAAGUUCAGGUUGAUCUGCAA